AUGAUUCCCUCGUCGUUGAUGAUUCGACCUUUGACGGUCAUGACACUUGCCAUGCUCAUCAUGGCGACUACAAUGAUGACCGUACAUGCCGAUGACCCCGGCCGUGACAGGGGAGUCUUUAACACUCCUGCCACUCCCGAUGCUCCCAGUGGUGGCCCCAGCGACGUGCCCAGUGGGGCUCCUACUCAAGACGUGAGUGUGGCCCCCACUACUGGCAUUAGCACUAGCAAACCUGACAACAACAAUCCCCCUUCGAUUUGUGUGGCGACGAUGGAUCAUUCCGGCAAGUUGUGUCAUCCCUUGAUGAGCGAAGGAGACGAAGCAGUCGAAGUCGCUACUGUGUGUGUGGAAGUAACAACGGGUCCCGAGGACAUUCCUCAGUUGUCCGUAACCUUUUCCGCCGCCGAGAACUACUUGUUGCUGACCAACAAGUUCUGGUUCGGGGAGGAUGUGACCCAUGUCCCUCGUCUCAGUGACGGUUCUACCGCUCUCGAUGCCUUUGACUACUUCUUUUGUAACUCGACCGGUAUUCCAGAAUUCUCUUUUGACGCCGAUUUCGACGACGAAGAGGAUCGCGUAUUGUGUCCUGCGGGAAAGACAGGAAUGGAAGAAUUCGCCAUGAUUGCCUAUGUCGAAGUAGCCAAGAUCAAUCCAGAAACGGGAAGGCCUGUGUUGGGACACAAGGUCCGAGCCUUUGCCUAUGAACAUACGGUGGGAUAUGCCAGUACAUGGAUGGGAUGGUUUGACUUUGAAAUCGACUGCGAUUGCGGCGACCCCGAAGACCGAAACAUUCAACCAGAAACGUGUGCCGGAUAUCCAGAAAUCUACCUUGACUCACCCGUGUCGCCCGCCUGUCAUGCCAUUGUGGCGGGAGGAGAUAUGCAGUCCAUGAAGGCUGGUGAUGUUUGUGUCGAGUUGGUCGACGAAAAACUCGAAGUUACCUUUGUGGCAGAUGAUAAUUGGGCUCUGAUUCGGUCACAGCUCUGGGUGGGACAGGAUGAAGGCGAAGAUGAAAACGCCUUGUCCCAUAUGCCACAGAAAAAGUCGGGUGCUCCCGAUACCAAAAAGUUCAAGAAUUUUGCCUGCGACUGGGAAGGAGAAAAGACAGUAUCCUUCACCAUCGAUCUUAAGUAUGAGUGCGACAUUAAUGCAGAGCUAGUCAAGUUCCAUGUUGUUGCCCACUCCACAGUGGGAGAGGUGUGUCAAGACGGACUCUCCCUCGUCAGUCCCGAGUGA